GUGAGAGAGAGAGUGAAACAGGUCGGCUAUGCUUCAGCAGACUGGACUGUGAACCUGCACAGGAGGAAGCAGCCCUUUCCAGAUUGAGAUCUUUUGUGGUGUUGUUGGAAAGAGGACGUCUUCCUUAAGAGUUCUGUUACACCCGUGUUUGAUCAUCUGCAGAGCUUUGGGCUAAGGUCUAUGGAGGUGAGGACCUGUAGGGUUCAAGCUGCCAUGACAGAAACCACUGCCUGAGCUUCUCAGCGAUACCCUACGAAAGGGGAGGAUGGGUGAUGGGCCCGUGAAAUUCAGCGGACUCUCUCCUCUUUAUCCCAUCCUCUCAUGGAGCGUCCUGUCACACCAAGCCCCUCCUGGAACACUUCUUUCUCCCUGUUUCCACCCUCGCUGCAGCCAAACAUCUCUAAUGUCACCUCACCCACGACAAGCAUCCCAGGUGGGAUAGAUUUGAAUCGCUCCUUGGCACUGUGUGCUAUGCUCAUUAUGAACGUGCUGGCAGUGGUGGGCAACUUGGCUGUGAUCAUUGUCAUCACCAAAACGCCGCAGCUGCGUAAGUUUGCCUUCGUGUUCCACCUCUGUCUGGUGGAUCUGGUGGCAGCACUGGUGUUGAUGCCUCUGGGGAUGCUGUCAGAUCAAAUCCUGGUGGACGAGGCGCUGUGUCGGAGCUACCUCUGCUUGAGUGUAUGUCUAGUGAGCGCUGUCAUCCUCACCAUAUGUGCGAUCAAUGUGGAGCGCUAUUACUACAUUGUCCACCCCAUGCGUCACGAGGUAAAGAUGACAGUGGGGGUGGUGGUGAUGGUACUAAUAGGAAUCUGGAUUAAAGCUGUUGUCAUGUCGGUACUGCCACUCCUGGGCCGGCUGCUCCAGGGAAACCAGGGUCUGGGGGCUUCUUCCCUCCUCGUUCCCACUCAGAGACACUGCUCCCUCCACUGGACAGGUGGCGGGAUCACACGCCUGGUCUUCAUGGUUUUCUUUACAGUGAUCUAUUUUCUGUGCCCUAUGCUCAUCAUACUGGUGGUCUACUGCAACAUGUUCAAGGUGGCACGAGUAGCAGCCAUGCAGCACGGCCCCCUCCGCACUUGGAUGGACACUCCAAGACAACGAUCUGAGUCUGUGAGCAGCCAUUCAACCAUGGCGGCCAGCCUCGGAGGAACUGGUUCCCGCACCACCCCUCAAAGGACCUUCAGUGGGGGGAAGGCUGCAGUGGUUCUGGUGGCGGUGGGAGGCCAGUUCUUCUGCUGCUGGCUGCCAUAUUUUUCAUUCCACCUUUACUCGGCUGUAGUGUCUACCUCCCCUGCGUCACUAGCCCAGCUGGAGGAUGUGGUGACAUGGAUUGGCUACUUCUGCUUCACAUCCAACCCCUUCUUCUACGGUUGCCUGAACCGUCAGAUCCGCGAGGAGCUGAGCCGCCACUUGGCUUGCCUUUUCAAGCGCGCUGGGCCCAGAGGAGAGCAGCUGCCCAGCCGAGAGGCCUCUAUUGAGGAAAACUUUUUGCAGUUCCUUCAGGGCACUGGAUGCAAUCUGGAGCCCUGCAACUCUCACAGCAGAGCCAGCCCAGAGUUGCCGGAGACUGAGGAUCUUCAGGAAUCAGCUGUUCAGCAGCACACGCCAGCUGACUUCCACAUCCCAGGGCAGAUCCUUGAGGAAACCUCAGAGUUCAUACAUCAGCAACAGCUGAACAAUGAGCUUCAUGUAUCAGAGAACUGCUUCAAAGCUGUACCAGAGCUGUAGCCGACUCAUGUACUGACUCUUCUGCCGUACAAUAAGCCAAUAAAUAUAUUUAGUUUUAUUCAUAUUUUUUUAAAAUUUGUUGAAUUAAUACAUCUCUAGCUGAUGCUACAAAGUGCUUUAAAGCUAAGUGAAGUGUAAACACAGCAUCUUCUUUGACGAAUUUAAGUUAUGUAGCUUUUCAGUGAAAGACAGACUUCAAUAUAUCUUGUGCUUCAUUUUACUUUUAGCCCAACAGUCAGAUGCACUGUAGCAUUACAUGCUUUAAGAGCCAUACGGUGUGAGGCCGCUUCCGUGUCACAUCAGUGGACGAACACCGAGCGCUUGUUGUGCUUAUCACAGUCCAGCGAAGUGACAAAUGUCACAUAAACAUAAGAAGUGUGGAAACUUUGUCAAAGCAAUGUUCAUAGUUGUCAGUGUUUUUAUUACGCACUGUUAGAGCCAUUCAAAAGAACUUUUCGCAGAUAGUUUAGUUUUGAUAUGCAUUCAUUCACUAAAUCUCUAAUUUAAAUGUGGAUUCCCUGCUGAGUAUGCAAAGACAAUGCACCAUACAAAGUUCAUCAUAUCAGCCCCUCUGCUCUGCCAUCUGCAUUUUCGCCCUCCUGGUUAUUGCUUAAAAUGAAUUCAUCGAGAGAUGAAACUUUUCUCUCAUCACUGUGUUUUCAGAGCAAUCAGUUCAAAGUUUUACUGCUGGGUCUCUAUAACCAAGCAGAUACUUCAUAACCGAUUUAACCAACAAACACACAUCGUUAAAAAAAAGCGUACCGCCCUGGGCUCUCGUACGUGCACCAACAAAGUGUUUGCAGAACAGCCCGUUUGUUUAAGUAAAAGAUUCUUACUUCCUGUAGCCGUCACUGCCAGCUUGUUUAGUGAGUAAAGAAUCUGUUUUUAUCAUGUAUUUAUUCCACUUGCACAUCUCAUUACACCAAGGAAUUAAUGCAAAAAUGUUCCUCCAUAUAGAGUUUAAAAUAUUCAUUGCGCUGAACAGGGAUCAUUUCACAGCUGUUACUGCUGCUGGUAUUUAUAAUAAACAGGCUGACAGAGUAUUUUUAACCAUUUUCCAGGAACGUUAUUAUCGUGUUUAUCUGUUCUUAGUCUUGUGAUUAUCACCUCCUCACCAAAAUCAUCUCACAUUGGCAGACUCGUGAUUGCAACCCCCCCCCCUCCUCCUCCUCCUCCUCCCCAGCCCCCCCACUCAAAGAACUGCUUGUUUUGAUAGAGGUGGCGUUAAGGAUUUAGGCUGUAAAGAAGGAAAAACAAAAAACUGACCACAGCAUUAAAACAGCUGAAAUACGGCUCGGGAUGAACAGAUUCGUACACCAGUACUAAUUAUCCCGUAAUGUCGGCACUGUUUACAGGUAAACACAAGGAGCAGUGUGAGUGCUCUCGUGUUUGUGCAAUAAACAACCAGGGCUUGUUGUGGCUACAUACAGCACACAGGUGUGGCAAUGCUUACACAUGGAAAGCUUUGCCUUUGGCCUCAUUCAAACGACAGAUGGAAGACACUGGCGAUACUUUUUCUGAUCUCAGGUGGAAUACAAACUGUUUGCACAAGUCACACGAGCAGUGACAAACGUUCCAAAGAAAAUUACAAGGCACAAGUCUCUUGCUAAACACUUUCUUUCUUUCUUUCUUUUUCUUUUUAUACUAUACUAUACUUUUUAAAUACUUCCUAUCUAUUGCUGCCUUCAUCUAUUCUGGACUGCCUCAUACCGGACGGCCGGCAAUGAUCACAAGACACCAAACACAAGGCGCGCAGGAGAAGGUUCAUAGUUUGCUGGGAGUCAGAACAAAAAAAGGUCUCUUUGUCAGGGAAAGGCAUAAUGUUCUUUAACUAUCUUGCGAUAUGACUGUGCUGCAUGUUGUUUUUCGGGCAGGGUUGCUCUAUCAGCUUCUUUUAAAAAGAGCUUCAACGUGAAGCCCUACCUUAAAGUUAGCAACAGCAGCGAAGAGCGAGUGACAUACAAUCACUGCCAUGAUGCUCAGAUUUCUUCUGUGUUUAUUUAUUUUUUAAUAAUUUAUUACCAGCUGACAAACUGCUAAAACUUCCAAAUGCAAAACUAUUACACAAUUUAUUUAUAAAAAAAUAAAUAAAUUAAAACUGACUCAAUUUAUUUCACUCGCACUGCUGAACGGGGGUUUAAUCUCUUUGGAUUGUCUCUGUUUUUUUUCUGUGGAGUAUUACUUUAUUAUAUUUAUGAUACAAUGCUGUAAUAACUUCAGUGAUAUUUCCCACAGUCUGGGGUCAUUACAAAACCCCUUAUGCCGAGAGUACAUCAAUCCACCGCUCAAUCAUCUGGUUUCCAUUACUCUAGCGGCAAAAAUCGCCCAGACCAAUCUCAUUAAAUGCUUUAAGCUCUCUUUCUGUGACCAUCUGUUGAUUGCGAGGACAGAGAAAUAACCUGCUCUGAAGGUGAACUGCAGAUAAUAUUCUUACCUUUGGGAGAAUUCUGGACAUCAUUAAACACAGUUUUGUUUGUACUGUAAAUCAUCAGUACAGUGGUGAUGUUUUCCAUGUUCCUCUGUGUUUCUCUUUUUUGUACUUGAGCUGCAAAGGCGGCACCUAUUCUUAAUUCUUAAGAUUUUGUUUGUCUCCAUGUUAAGAUUUUGCUGUGUACCUCCCUCCCUCAACUGAAAUCAUUAAAGA